CACACUCCCCUGACCUGUGUCACACGUCACCACACACUCCCCUGACCUGUGUCACACGUCACCACACACUCCCCUGACCUGUGUCACACGUCACCACACACUCCCCUGACCUGUGCCCGGUUGGUGCCGCGUUCCGUCCAUCUAGGAAUAAGGACGUCCUGACGCUCACCCGAUAACGCCGCCCUCAGCUCCUCCCACAAGUGUUUCCAAGAGGCCGCUAGACAAGAGCAGCAGAAGGAUGAUCUAGGGAGAAGCAAGGAUUGCUGGGGAUGCCCUACAGACACCCCAGCACUCUCUACAUGCAGCAAUGCUGACAUCUUCCGCAGGAUAAACGCUAUGCUGGAUAAUUCUCUGGACUUUACUGGGGUCUGCACUACCCCUAAUGCCAAGGGUAAAUGUGACCAUCUUCAAGAUUUUACAGAUCCAGAAGGAGCUUCAAGCAGGAUGCUCUUCCCCACGUCACACGAUCAGACUCCUCGUGGCCUUCCUGACACAAAUGACUUGUGCCUUGGUCUGCAGUCCCUUAGCCUCGCAAGUUGGGACAGACCGUGGAGCACUCAGGACUCAGAGGUUUCUGGACAGUCCAGCACACAAUCUGCUGCCCAGUCAGUUUUCAACCUACUCAACCCCCUAGGAAAACCUCCACCUCUAGGCUUCUUGCCCUUGGAUCCAAUCGGCUCAGACUUGGUGGAAAAGUAUUCUUCACCACUCCUACGCAGCUCCCGCUUGGAUAGCCGCUCUAUCUUAGACUCUCGUUCUAGCAGCCCUUCUGAUUCAGACACUAGUGGAUUCAGCUCUGGCUCAGAUCACCUUUCAGAUUUGAUUUCUAGUCUGCGUAUUUCUUCACCUCUACCUUUUCUCCCAUUUGGAAGUGGAGUUACCCGGGACUCUCUAAAUAGAGUUGGCUCAAGGCUUGAUCCAGAUCAUGCUGCUCUAGCAGCAGCUUCUGGUUCCCCCAUAGGAAUGCCAAAAAGAUGGCCUGGCACAUCUGUAUGGCCAUCAUGGGAUUUGCUGGAAUCUGCUGAUGAUCCAUUCAGCAUUGAAAGGGAGGCACGCCUACACAGACAGGCUGCAGCUGUAAAUGAAGCUACAUGCACGUGGAGUGGUCAGCUGCCUCCUCGUAACUACAAAAACCCAGUUUAUUCCUGCAAAGUGUUUCUUGGAGGAGUUCCAUGGGACAUUACAGAGACUGGGCUAAUAAACACGUUCCGUGUGUUUGGUGCUCUAAGUGUUGAGUGGCCUGGUAAGGAUGGAAAACAUCCCCGUUGUCCUCCUAAAGGUAAUAUGCCUAAAGGCUAUGUGUACUUGGUAUUUGAAUCUGAAAAAUCUGUGAGGGCGCUACUUCAAGCCUGCACUCAGGACUUGCUAAGCCAAGAUGGCCUGAGUGAGCACUAUUUUAAGAUGUCAAGUCGCAGGAUGCGCUGCAAGGAGGUGCAGGUCAUUCCUUGGGUGCUGGCAGACAGCAAUUUUGUUCGUAGUCCAUCUCAGCGUCUGGAUCCCAGUAAAACUGUGUUUGUUGGGGCUCUGCAUGGAAUGCUGAAUGCUGAAGCACUUGCCUCUAUAAUGAAUGAUCUGUUUGGUGGUGUGGUCUAUGCAGGCAUUGAUACGGAUAAGCACAAGUACCCAAUUGGUUCUGGCCGUGUGACUUUCAACAAUCAGCGCAGUUAUCUGAAGGCUGUUAGUGCUGCAUUUGUGGAGAUAAAAACUGCCAAGUUUACCAAGAAGGUCCAGAUUGACCCUUACCUUGAAGACUCUGUGUGCCAGAUUUGCAACUCUCAGCCAGGACCCUUCUUCUGCAGAGACCAGGUUUGCUUCAAGUACUUCUGCCGUUCUUGCUGGCACUGGCAGCACUCAAUGGAGAUCCUACGUCACCACCGCCCUUUAAUGCGCAACCAGAAAAGCCGUGACUCCAGUUAAAGAAAGUUGCCAGCUAAGAACUUUAAUUCAGUGAAUGUGCUGAAGAGGACACUGCGCCCUAUGUCCCUCCAGACAGCAGGAGCAUCAUAGAUCUUUCCAGGAUUAUUGUGGAAGUCAGCAGAUGGUGGGGGGAAGUCACUUUAUUUUGUUUGGCACUUACUGUUUGCUGUACCUUGUAAGUGUUCUGCACUUGUGCACAGUGAAGUUUUGCCAGGGAUACUGUCUGUGUUUUUUGUAGGGUUUUUGUUUUUUUGGUGGCUUUUUUUAUGUAAUGGGGCAGAGUACUCUAGUAGUCUUUGCAGUACCCAUAUUAAGCUCCAACACUUGCUGAAUGUAAGCAAUGUGUGGACAGUAUCUGAUGGUUUAUUGCCUUUGCCUUUUUUUUUUUUCCCCUUUUUUAUUACAGGCGCUUUUUUACAUUCCUUGCAAAUACUGUGGGUGAUACAUAUUUCAUUAAGCUGUUACCCAGUUUUUUGCCGUUGCCAUACAGUGCCUUCUGAUUACUUUAUAAUGUCCUUCUGAACCACAAAUGAGCUGUUCAGUUGGCAUUUUUACUGAAACAACAAUAGCAGGAUCUGCUCUUAAUUUAAACCAAAUCAUAUUACAUAUUUUACCCUCUGUGGGAUUUUUACCUGUUCCUUUUUUACACUCUUAAGAUGGUUUUUAAGUCCAUUUUUUUUUCCUUUCCUGGCAGCUUUUAACAUAAUUGCAAUUGUUCUGUUUCUGGGAGCUGCUAGUUGAAAAGAACAUAAAAAUAAAAUACUUAUUUGUACAACAGAAUUUGCAACAAAACUACAGACUUGGGGCCUUGGCUGAAACAGAUAAAUAUCCUGUGUGAAUAUAGUUUUAAGGAUGUUUGUUGCACUUUUUUAAUUUGCACUUCAGGGGAUGGUAGUUUUUAAUCACUUCCUAUUUGGUUGGCUGGACAGAAAAUGGCUGUAAUUUUCUUUUUGAGAAUGGGGUAGAGGCAAGAGAUGAGACCUUUCUCCUGGAGGGAAUGUGCCCAUGCUCUUGGUUUGAGUAUUUUGUUAUAGGAAGCAGCUGACUUAUGCAAAUUGUUGCAAGCCUUUAAAGUUUGUCCAUUUUUCUUUUUUUAUUUCUGUACCCACCCCCCUUUGUAAGCUCUGUGCCAAAGAUCCCACGGUCUGUAUCCCCCUCUUUUCCAGUACAUGCUGAGCUAAAUCUGCACUAGCUGCCCUAAUAUGGGCAUUUCUGUGAAGCUGCGUGUGUAAAGUCUCUACCUCAUUGUAGUUAUGCAAGCAGAAAAUGCACUUAACCUACAGAUGUGGUGUCGUUUAUUUUUGUUUGGCACAUAAUAAACACGUUGAAGCAGUGAAACAAUG